UCAAUGAAUGAAGAUAAUAAGUCUCAGCGCCGUGUCACGUUUCACCUACCAGAUGGCUCCCAGGAAAGCUGCAGUGACAGUGGGCUUGGAGACCAUGAACCCAACAGCGGUGCCAGCACAUCACACCCUCUGCCCCUUGGCUUCCCCCAGGAGGAGUACUAUGAGCAGGCUUCACCCAACAGCCGGACAGAAGGAGACGGCAACUCAGACCCGGAGUCCACUAUUGAAGUAAAUCUCCAGAAAGCCCUGGCUGAAGCCUCUGAAACCUGCACACAGGAGUGUCUUAUCCUAGGCCACUCUGACAACUGCUGGAUGCCUCCUUCUCUGACACAGUACCAGCAGUCCAACACUCCUUUGCCAUCAUUUGGCUUCCAGCAGGGCUGGGGCCGAGGAGCCAGGCCUGACGGACGACACACGCUUGGACGGCCCGUUCCCAAGGAUGACACUGACAAAAGCCAAGGUGGGCCACGGCCCCAGUUCUACAACACCUGUGAAAGACACUGCGCCAGUGAAGAUCCUGUCAAAGUUAUUCCUCUGGCAAACUUCGCUGCCUCCCACCAGGCACCAGUGUCUGGGAGUAGCACCACGUUUAUACAUGAGCACCAGCUAUAAAUGCAUAGCUGACAAAUCUGCUAUUUUAGGCUUUAAGUGUAACUGUAUAUAGUCACAGCCUAACACGGUUUCUAGUGCAUACACAAACUUGUUGGGCUUGUGAAUAUUUAUGUAUAUAGAAUUCUAAAUUGAAUUUGAAAAGCUAAACCCUUAGUACUCAGUUAAAGGAAAUUUACCUUAGUCCUUGGUAAAAUAUACAAAAUGGGGAAGAAAACCCACAACACAAAACCAUUCGAAAGAAAAAUACAAAAUCCUGUUCAUUGCAUUUUGUUAUAUGAGUCAUCAUAGUGCAAAUAUCUGUUAGCACAUCUUCCCGUUGAAAGUAAUUUCUUAGUACAGUUUGGGGAAUAUUACAAUCUAAAUAUAGUAAUAUAGCUUACUCAAAUCAAUCUUCUCUGUGUUACUUGUUACAAUUUAUAACAUGUUCAUAAAUUUCACCUUCCAUUCCCUUAGCAGAUAGAGAUCAAGUGGGCAAUUUUUCAUUUGAUUACUUUACAUAAUAGAAUGAAUAGAACCCUAAAAUCUAAUUCUGAGGAAGGAUGGUAUACCUUUCCUUCCAAAUCUGUCUUUUACAUUAUUAAGAAGGAAAAUGUAUUCGAAGACAUGACAUCUGCUUUUGAUGUUAAUUUUUAUUGGGUCAAUCUACAAGUAUUUAUUUUUUGAAAGAAUGCAAUAGAUGAAAUGGAAAGCUUUUUUGACUAGGCUUUUCUGUGUGAAAGGUAACACUACAAUCAUAUGAUAUAGCAGGUCAAAACUUAAAAAAAUUAUAAAUAUUUUUUUUUUUACUUUCCAGGAUUUUCCUUUCUACAAUAAUGCAAGCAACAGUAUGAUACAUAUUAUGCUUUUCAAGCUGUAAGUCUAUUGCUAAUUUUUUUUUCUUUUUUUCUUUUAUCUUGUAGAGCUUGCUUUGGCUACUGUUCCUGUUAGUUGAAAAUUACACGGGCACUGCUGAACACAGUAGGAAACUGGGUAGCUUUUUGGCUUAUGUGAUAUUGUGGCUGUAAGCUGCUGGUGCUUAAAAGAAUAUUAUAGUGAUGUAUAUGUUUGUUUUACAGCUAUAAUCACCUAUUGCAAGUAUUCAGUAAAAAGUUCGCUAUAAUAUUAUUUACUUUACCCCCAACCUUUUAUAUGAAGGCCUUCUUGUCACUGUGGUUUAGUUUAUUAGAGAAUCACUGACAUUACCAGCAAAGCAAGUAAUGAAUCCUGAAUGGACGUAGCUAGAAAUACACCCCAAUUAUAUGAUUUGAUAAAGUCUCAAAGUGAUGCUCUGUAAAGAUUAGGUAUGUUCUGUGUACUGAAGGAUACGUCGUUACUGCUGGGGGGAAAAGCUAGUAGAUUCCACAGUGGAUGCAAAGGAAUUGCUUUUCUUAGAUGGAAAAAAAAAAAACAUUUUUCUUCUAGUACUUUUUUUGCUCGUUAGCCAUUUCAUCAUGUACAGUAUGUGCAUACCAAGAAAUUUUUUCCUUAACAAAACUAGAUAAUUUUUAGUUUAUUGCGACAUUAAAUGAGACAAUCGAAGUUGUGUGGAGGGAAAAAAGACAGUGUAUGAAUAUUUCCUAUGGAUAGAACUCUGUGUAGACAUCAUAUUGUAACUUAAAUCUGUAAUUUAUAAACAAAACUGUGUGUAAAAAUGCUGUAAUAUUAGCUGCUUGUAAAAUUUACAGAAGUUGUUGAGGGUUUCCAAUGAAUGCUGAAAGAGCUUCUCUUAUGUGCCCAGCAGGUAUAAGUAGCUUUAUAUAUCGUUGUCCCCACUGUAAAUUUAUUCAAAUCACCUUUAGAUUUAAUGUGAAAAUAAAAGAAACUUGACUUUUAACCUACUGAUAGGGUUUAAUUAAUGAACAUCAGAUUAUCUAAUGAUGCGCUUCUUUUCUUUCUUCUUUUUUUUUAAUGUAUUUUUCAGUCAUGUUUAGAAAAGAUGAGGGACACUGGCUUCCAGUUGCAUGUAAAUCCUGGAGAAAAUAUUAAUCCUUUGGCUACUGACACACAAUAGCUGACACAACUCAUUUCCAAUUCCAGGACAAUUAAAAAUUUGACAAAUUAAUUCACACCUAAUCUGCACAAAGCCCUCGGUCAUUUGUUUUGGAGACAUCAUGAUGAGAAAAUUCAGCACUUCUUUUCAGAGAUGCACGAAAAAGCUUAUCUGUAGUUUACACAGAUUUACCAACCAUAUUAAUUCUGCAAAAUUUAGAAUAAGGCUGACAUGUAAUGCUUACUGUUUUAAGCAGAGGACUUAGUUUUUAUUACAGAGGGCUGUCAUAGCAAAUGUUUACAGAAUGGGCUGCUGUAUUGGAAAAAUCUUCAUUUCCUCUCUGGCUGAAAAUUUGUAAUUGAAGCUUUUUGGCAAAGCAAUUAAUUUCUGCAAUUUCCAAUUUUCAUAGGUAAAUCAUAAAGGAACAAGAAUUAGAUUUUUUUCCUUAGGCAGAGAAAAAUAACAAAAAAAAAUUUUGGAUUUCAAUGUUUAGUGUUUUU